AUGCAUGGGGUGUGGGUAUUUGUGGUGUUGGCCUUGAGGUGUUAUGUGACUGUUGUUUAUGGAGCUGCCAUCCAUUUGCGUGACUCUGUAUAUGAUAGACGAAUAGAGUUUGACUUGGAUGAUGGAGUGGUGUUCAAUGGGGUUGGGUUCAAGACAAAUGAAGUUAGUGCUACGUUUGUGGUGUUGUGUCGAGAUGAAGAGUUGUAUGAAAUGUUAGAUACCAUUCAGAACAUUGAAGAUAGGUUCAAUCAUGCUUAUGGAUAUGAUUAUGUGUUUCUUAAUGAUAAGCAAUUUAGUAGACGAUUUAUGGAACAUGUGGUUAGUUUGGUUAACAAAAAUAGUCGGAUUUCGUUUGGAAAAGUCCCCAGACACCAUUGGCUGUAUCCUGAGACUAUAGAUAUUGAAUUUGCUCAUCAACAACGGUCCAAAAUGGAGGCCAUGGGUGUAUUAUAUGGUGGAAGCGAGAGUUAUCGUCAUAUGUGUCGAUAUUUCAGUGGGUUUUUUUACAAACAUCCGUUAGUGCAAGACUAUCAAUAUUAUUGGAGAUUGGAACCGGGUACCAAAGUGCUCUGUGAUGUUCAGUACGAUAUUUUUGUUCAUAUGUUGAACAACAAAAAGAAGUAUGGGUUUGUUAUUUCAUUAUUUGAAUACAGAGCCACCAUCCCCACGCUUUGGAGUCAUUUCCGUGAUUUUCUUUCCUUACAUCCUGAGUUGAAGUCACUGGGAAUGCUUCCAUUUGUGGAGAAUGACGAUGUGGCCAGGUCUUACAACUUAUGUCAUUUCUGGUCUAACCUUGAAAUUGCAGAUUUUAGUUUAUUCCGGAACCCUGUUUAUGAACAAUUCUUUGAGCAUUUAGAGGCUCAAGGGGGGUUUUUCUAUGAGCGAUGGGGUGAUGCACCUGUUCAUACGUUAGCAGUUUCAAUGUUACUUGAGCCUUCAGAAGUUUGGUUUAUUGAUGAUCUAGGUUACUCUCAUGAACCAUAUACCAUGUGUCCUAAGCAAUUAGAUUCCCAUCUAACUAAUAGAUGUGUUUGUGAUCUUCCUUGGAAUUUACUGAUUCUUAUCUCAGCUUUUAUAGGGUCGUUCGCUGCUCAAAACAUUGCACUAGACUUUGAAAUUCUUAGGUUGGUUCUGUCUCACAUAUUCGCAUCACCAUCUGGUAUGCAAUUGAACCAAGAGUUCACCCUUAAGGGUCAUGGCGUGCUGGUCACCGCAUCGUGCUUGUUCGGCGGUAACACGCUUGUCAGUGGAGACGAGAACGGGUGGAUUAUCCUAUGGAACUUGAACACCAGAAGACCCCUGGGUGUGUGGAAAGCACACGACGAACGGAUCAUCACCUUACAAGCCAUGGACAAAACACAUUUACUUAGUCAUGGACGAGAUUCUCGGAUCCGAAUAUGGACUAUGUCCAACACGACCGAUCUUAAGUGUGACUUGGCAUUUGAUGAAGAUGACGAAGAAGACAUGAUUCGACCGGACUUUAGAUACGAGAAUGGGGUGGUGUUGGGGGUUUUAGUUGAUGAUUUAGGAAGUCAAUUGACAUUGAAGUUUAUGGAUAAUUCAAUGGAACCUAAUCCUGUAACCUGGAUGGUGGGAUUCUGGAAUGGGUUGGUAAGAGGUAUAGAUGUUACGGAUGGUUCCUUUGUGUUUAAGGUAUCUAGGAAGACCCCAAUGUUAGACAAUGUCGCAACUAAUGUCGCUAGACAGCAGUCGGAGUUGCCAUCAUCUUCUCCAUAUAUAAAGAUGACAGGAAUGGUAAAUAUACCAAAGCCUUGUGAAGGUUCAUUGGCCGAAGUAGUGAAUUAUAGAACAAGAGUUCGUAUGAAAUUUGUUGGUGAAAAAAUAGCCAUCACUUAUGAUGAUGGGUCUAUCGUGGUGUUCGGGUGUCAAUAA